ACGGUGGAUGUUUGGCCCCCGGCGGAGCGCGUGUGUGGCCGCAGGGUAUAUAAAGGUGUGCGCUGACGCCGGAGUGGCCUCUGCGAGCUAAACAUCGCGGCUGGUGAGGGGGCUGGUCAGUGUCGGCGCUGUCGGAGGUCCAGCGGCUCUCCUGGGAGGAUUUAACGCGCGCGAGUGGAACGCACGAGUGUGGAGCUCAACAUGGUGCAGCUGUCUCCUUUUCCCACCCUGGACGUCACUCCUCCACCUGAGCACUCAGAGGAAGGGGAGGAAAGACUGGAGGACUCUGUGACAGCUGGUAGCCCGAAGGUGGGUUCACCAGGUGGCCUGCUCAGCCUGGAGGCCUCCACAGCCUACCACGGCUAUGAAAACUACAUAGAGGAUGGUCUAAUCUGCCUCAAACACAAAGUCCGCAACUUGGAGAAAAAAAAGCUGAAACUGGAAGACUACAAGAAGAGGCUGAGCCAGGGUGAGGCACUGAAUAGGGAUCAGAUGGUGGCUGUGGAAAAGUACGAAGAGGUGCUGCAUAACCUGGCAUUUGCACAGGAGAUCCACAAAACCCUGGAAAGCUUGACUCAGAAUUUGCUGAGAGGCCAGAAGAAGGCAGUGAAAAAGGAGCAGGUGGCGAAGUCGGAGGCGGAGAGGAGGCGUCUGAGCACCGUGCUCCAGGUCCAGCACCUCCUCCACAGCCUACAGCAGGAGCAUGUCAGGAGAGACCUGCUGGCUGGACACAACCAGGCACCCCACAUCCCAGCCCAGCAGCUGCAUAGCCUGAGUCAGCUCUCAGCCCUGCUGGGAGUCAAGAGGGAUAACCGACUGAGAUUGGAGGAACAGAUGGAGCAAGCGGCUCUGGCCUAUUUGGACCUGCUGGAGGGGAAAGAAAAACCUGUGGCAGGAUCCACGUUCAAGUUGUUGAAAGAGGAGCUCACCAGGCUGUUGAACUGCAAGUACUUCAGUUGUCUGCCACCUCCACCCAGAAAGUCUCCAGAGGUGUUACUGGGCUUAACCAGCCAUAGCACCACAAAGUCAAAACAAAAGGAAGCAACAAAAGAGUUUUUCAACAGACUGUACCUGACUGACACAGCGACUCCUCUCACUCAGAACUGGAAGGAGGACUUCCAGACUAUGAGGGAGCAGGAGCCUCCUGACUGCUGGGAUAUGGAGUUCUCAGAAAGAGCUGCCUCACCCAAAGCUGCAGUUCACAAACCGUGGAGAGGAGCUGCUGCUUUCAUCCCCAAAGUGUCAGUCAGCACCAAGAAACAACCCUCUGAAAGCAAACAGAAAAAAAACAGAAAAGCUAAAGGAGAGCAACAUGCCAAGUCGGCAGUUAACAUGGAUAUGACUGUUGAGGUUUUCAACUCUCCAUCUGCCUUGCCUAAAGACCCUAUCCUGAGGAAGCAGCACCUGGAGGACCUCAUGACAAAGAUCCAUGGCUCCUUCAGUUUCAUGCAGGACUCUCUUCUUGACAGUGAGAUCUCUGCCAUGAACAGCCACACCAAACUGAAAAGACAGCCAUCCAGAUCUCCCUCUCCUCUUGGUGACUUGGAACAAGUCAACAAGCUUUGUAACUUGACAAGGUCUUCAUCAGCUCAUUCAAACUUGGGAAGCCCAGAUGAAGUCCUGCCCAAAGCAAUGCAUUCUACCCCACUGCCUACCAGGCUUAUGGAGCGCAAAGCCAGUCUAACAAAUGGUGAUGAGUGCCUGGAGACCUGUGACCUGGAGCUUUCCUCAAAUGACCUACCUCAUGAGCCGCUGCAGUUGGCUGAACCAAAGAAGUUUCCUUCACCACCACUGUAUCGCAGGGAGGCUACCAUCUCUGUUGUCCUGGAGAAGAGUCGCCCUCGUACACCAGUCACUGAGUCAGGGGAGCAGUCAACCUGUAAUGGCGUGGCACCUUGCACCUCCACCAUUCCUCAGGUCCAGACUUUCUCUACACCCCCCACUAGGCGAACCCUAACAUCUGCACAAUUUCGGAACAUCCAGUCAGUCUUCAAGGUGAAUGGCUCCUUGCCUCCCAAUGGUGACCUAAAUUACAAACCAGAUUCUGCAGUUUUCCCUAAGCCCAGGUACAGCACUGUCAGUACCCAGACACCACCCGAGUUUGCUCCCUCAGAAGACGAACCACAGCAAGUGUACCAGUCAGAUUAUACAGUGGGUAAUGGUGGACAGAUAUUCCUUUCCCCUGGCCCCUCCGGUGGAAGUGUGUGUCGAUCCGGCCAGACCUACUACACCAGAGGAUCUGUGAGAGGUGGAGCUUACAUCCCGCAGACUCAUUUCAGGGACUCUGGCCCUCUCCUCUAUGCUACUAGAGAUUCUGGAUACCAACACAGCUUUAGACGUGGAGGAGGAAGACAUAACUCUGCAGCAUGGAGUGACUCUUCCCAGGUGAGCAGCCCAGACCGUGAGGGAGCCUUUACUAUUGUGGAGUCAGGACAUGGGGAUUCCCUAUCUGUCUCCACUUUGGAAGUCCCUCUCACUCCCCAUGGACACCAUCACACUGCCCUGCUUCCUAUGCAAAUCUACCCACUCACCCAGCCGCUGCGAGUGGCCUUCACUGCCUCUCGCACUGCCAACUUUGCCCCCGGCAACCUGGACCAGCCCAUUGUGUUUGACCAACUUCACAGUAACCUGGGGGAGACAUACAACACCCACAUCGGCCGCUUUACCUGCCCCGCUAAUGGAACCUACGUCUUCAUCUUCCACAUCCUGAAGCUGGCCAUCAACGUGCCGCUCUACAUUAAUCUCAUGCGCAACGAGGAGGUGAUGGUGUCGGCCUAUGCCAAUGAUGGAGCCCCAGAUCAUGAAACGGCCAGCAACCACGCCAUCCUGCCUCUCUUCCAAGGAGACCAGGUGUGGCUCCGGUUGCAUCGUGGUGCUAUCUAUGGCAGCACGUGGAAGUAUAGCACCUUCUCAGGCUUCCUGCUUUAUCAAGAUUGAACUAAUAUCUAAGGGCCCCCUUCUCUGCGAGGACUGUUUACUUUGUACAGAAUGGUGAUCAAACUGAGGUCUGCAUGCCAGUGCCCACUUUCCACUAAAAGCCCAUUCAAACCGUGAAUGUUGGUGGCCAAAUGGUACAUGUAUGGUCUGUACUCAAAGCCAAUACCUUCACUUAAAAUGGAGACCGUGACUGCUUGACAUAAGCCGAAUGUACUUGAUUUCCUAUGAAUGUAUAGUUCAUGAUGGUGGUUGACUCUGUGGCUGUCAUACUAGUACAACUCAGUCUGGAUACCUUGUCAUCUAGCUGUAAAUCAUCCUGUAGCACUUCACCUGUUCAGCCCAUGGGUCACUGCUUUGAGUGAGAACUCUAAUGCUAUGUUUUGAACGUGUGCCUUUGUUUUCUGAAUGGCUUUGGAUGACUGGGCAGAUGUUAAUCAACUAUGAACUGUAUGACUGACUAAUUUAUCUGAUGAAUUGUAAUGACUGUACUAUCAGUACAUUGCCUGAUGCUGGGUUCCUAUACAGUUUCAGUUUGCUGUGCGCAAAUGUGAUGCAUUGUUCUUGGUGGUGGGUAUGGUGUUGAACACUUGAGGCCAAAUUAUUGCACUAACAGACUACUGUUGAGAAGUGGAGUGGUCCCUUGACGUGCCUAAAUAAAAGAUGAGCAAUGAA